AGUCUUUAUAUAUGUACAGUACUGGUCAAAAGUUUUCGCACAGUCAAUACGUUUACUUGGCAUUGCACCGUUCCAAUGCUUUCGAGCACCACUGUAUAUGGGAAGAAGGAGCCGCACUUCAGUCUUAGAGUUUCGUAAAAAUUAUACAAAACGAGUUCUCCAUGUGGUUAUGUAAAAUGCAACUGGCUAAGGUAUCGGCAUUCCAAAGAGUCGAGCCCCCAGAUACGUCACGAAUCGCGCGCAAGAAACACGGAGAACAUCACGGGUUUUCAUGAAUGCAUUUUUCUCAAUCUGUAGCAAUAAUACAAUCUCAAGUGGGCAUUAUAAGAGGAGUACAAGUCCUGUACAGUGAUACUAAUCCUUUAGAAGUAGAUUUAGUAAUAAAUUUGCCACACGAUGGAGUGCGGCUUAUAUUUGACCCUGUGGCUCAGAGGCUCAAAAUAAUUGAGAUCUAUAACAUGAAGUUGGUGAAACUAAAAUACUGUGGCUUGCCAUUUAACUCACCAGAGGUAUUGCCGUCUAUUGAACAAAUAGAACACUCCUUUGGAGCAACACAUCCUGGCGUUUAUGAUGGUGAUAAACAGGUGUUUGUUUUGAACUUCCGAGGUCUAUCUUUUUACUUCCCAAUUGACUCCAAAUUUCAGCCAGGCUAUGCUCAUGGCUUGGGUUCCUUACAGUUUCCAAAUGGAACCUCACCUCUCGUAGCAAAGACUGCAAUUUAUGUGGGAAAUAUGGCAGCUGGUGUCAGUGGGAGCGAAGCACAUAAAUUAAAAUCACCAGCACCACCUCUGCCACUCAGUUGCUAUCACAAUAAUUUGUACCCGGAGAAGGCUGAAGUUAUUAGAGAUAGAGCACGCACCCGAGGUCUAAGGUUACAUCUUUUUACGGAAGGUAGUUCAGCAACAAGGGUUCUACUAGAACCGAAGAAGCAUUGCUUCACCAAAGAGGUCUGGUUUGGUGACACGUGUGAGGACGUAUUAAGCGCAUUUGGUGCCCCGUCCCGGGUCUUCUUCAAAGCAGAGGACAAAAUGCGAAUUCAUAGUUUGCACGCGCACAAACGGGACAAGAUAAGACGAUCUGACUUCUUCUACAAUUACUUCACUUUAGGGCUGGACGUUCUCUUCGAUGCCAAAACCCAAUGCGUGAAGAAAUUCGUGCUACACACGAAUUACCCUGGGCAUUACAAUUUUAAUAUGUACCACCGUUGUGAAUUCAAUUUGACUCUACCACCGGAAAGCAGUCCUAGUACCGAUCCCGGAAAACUCAUUGACGUUUCGCCGUCCUCUGUCACGAUCACUGCCUAUACAAAAUGGGACAGAGUUAGCGAACAGUUAAAAGGAAGUGCACGACCGGUUGUACUCAAUCGUGCAUCUUCUACCAACACCACAAAUCCAUUCGGCUGUACAUUCUGCUAUGGCGUAAGAGACGUCAUUGUGGAAGUAAUGGCUAAUCAACACAUUGCUAGUGUCACUCUCUACGCAGCGGCGUGACCCUCGUAAGCCGAUGGAUCCGGUACGUCGUAUGAUUCUGCUCCGUUCCGAGGAAAACACGUAAGAAAAAUGUAUAAACCAGAAAAAAAAAUUCCAUAAAAUUGUCUACACGACGAGCUCGACCAGGAAAGGUCGUUUCGUCGGGAGAGUUAUGGCGGUGCAAAAGGGUGAAGAAAAUUGUGGAUUUAUUAUGUAUCCAUAAGGAGUUCUCGUAAAACACAAUUACCAUAUAGACACUUCGCAUGUUGACGGCAACAAUCUACAUAAAAAUGACCAUCGUCUGGCGACGUACGAUUCUCCGUUAAAAUAUCAUGGAUCCUGAAGAAAAUCACGCUUCACCGUUAUUAAAGAAAGUAAAAAAAAAAUUAUCGUCAAAGCGUUUCACAUCGUCAAAUGCAGAAUUCCAUUUAUUCCAGUCUCCAGGGCUUGGAAAUAUAUGAACCUAAAGGUAAUCGUCGUAACGAAUAAUCGAUGGAAUGAAUCCCGUCUAAAGCAAUUUGUUGCGGCCAUUGUACCUCUGUUAUUCUUAUGAAACCUUCUGUCUUCGUUUUCUCAAAAAGGAUUGAACCUCCAAGUGAUUAAAAUGGAUAUAAAAUCACCAAACCAAUACAACUCUGUGCUUGUUGUUAGUUGAACACGAGAAUAAUAUUACUCGAGGAUAAAGUGAAUGAGAAGCGCGAUAGGAAAGACAGGAAAAAAACGUGCGCAGAAUGAGGAAGCAUGAGUGAAAGAGGGAAGAGAAAAGAAGAAUAAAAGCAGAAAGUAAUAAAAAUUUCGAUAGAUAAUAACGGAAAAUGAUUAUGAUAAUUACUAUGAAUGGUAAUCGUAAGGUAUGAUAAUCCGCAUAGAUAACGUUAAACACAUCAUUUUCGUAAGUCGCCGUUCUUUUCGUUUCUGGUGCGUGGAUCGACUGGCGAUCAAGGAUCACAGGACUGACUGAAUCACCAAAUGAUAUCAAAGAUAAGAAGAGGAGGGAACAAUUUGAUGCAGAUCAAAAUCUCAAGGGUGACUGUGAUGUCUAUGAAUUCUUCGGUGAAUAACAUUGAUUAUUCGUCCCCCCUUUAUGUUGAUAUAAACUAACGUCUUUAUCAGUGUUCAUCGAUUUGUCUAUGAAUCAUAUUUUAAGCGAUCAGAAAUUAUCGCGUUUCCCUUCGCAAGAUAAUAAAUACUUGUUGCGAUGAACGUACACUCUUACGAAAAGUAAUGAAACGAUAGGAAAGAUAGACGAUGAAAAGAAAAAAAAAGAACAACAAAGUUGAAAACAAAGAAAAAAAUAUAUAACUGAAAAAAAAUGAUUUAUUCAUUUCUAGAGAAUACACAGUGUGAUCUAACAUUAUAAUGAUCCUAGUGUUCAUCGAUUGAGCGUGGAGUGAUUUUUCAUUUUAUAAUUAUUUAAAAUUCGCGCGUUCGACGACUCGAGUAAUUUCGAAAUGCAAUAAUAAUUAUUUUGAGCUCUUAUUGUCCCAUUGGGAUUUCGAGUAUUCUCCAAUUAUUCAAAUAAAAUUCCUCAUUUCUCCACGUGUCUCUGGGCGUACGUAAAUUUCACAUGUUCGGUGUGUUUCGAAAGCGUGCAAGUCGUUAUCGUUCCCAUGAAAAAACUUUAACGACUAACCACUGCCGCGCGAUUCAAAGGAGUGUGAUUUUCACGAGUUCGAAAUACAACGGAAAAAUCAUAGUUAUACGAAUUUACACUAUUCUCUCAUUUUACUUCGCCUACACUACCUUCGCCUACACAAAUACUAAUUUAUAAUACGUUUCUCGUAACUCAACUGUCAUUUAUCAAUGAUGAUUUCCUAUCACCAAUUCAAAUGGAUGCACCGAUCCUACAAUGAAGACUAUGAUCAGUAUAGGUUGUCGCGUUACUAUAUCGAUAGUUGUGAUCAUAUCGAGCGAAGCAAAUAAUAUCUCCUUAGCUACAUAUUUCUUAUUUCCAUAUUAAAUAAAGUACAGUCUGACAUUGCGUACGGAGCGACUGCUGCCAAGCAAGUUGCAUUAGCUAGCACGGUAUAUGUAGCCAAUGAAAUUGCGUGGAAAAGGAGAGAAGGUCAGGGAGAGGAGGAAUAAAAGUAAAAUAAAACAGAGAAAAACAUCAUCGUAUAUACGUACAUAAUUGCAUGCAUGUACAUUGUACAUACGUCAUUGCAUAAUUACAUAAAUCGUCGCAUGACCAUAUAUCUGCAUACACUCGUAAUAGACACUAAUGCAUAUAGCUAGGGACACGCAUGCACCACACACUCACUACAUUCGCAAUCUAUAAGAAGUAUGUAAAAGAGAUCUCGAUUUUUAACGAAGUCAGUCUUGUAUUUUGGGAACAAAGUUCGUUUGAAAAUUCACCUUAAAAUCUCGAAUCGUAUCAUUACCGAUACCGUAUUAUUCGGAAAAUCGCACAAAUUUCGAAUCCAAUUUUCGAUUCGAGCUACGCUCUGUGUACGUAUGCUGGGUAUGUAUGGUAUGAAUUCAUGUGCGCAGGAGAUGAUGCGCGUAUGAUCGGACGUAUGAUGAGUGCGUGUGUGAGGUUAAAUUCUUUUUUAAAAUUUUCAUUGUAGAGCGAAUGCUGUUUUUUUUUUCUUUUUAAGAGAUAAAAAAGGAACGCGCGUGGGUAGAACUUAAAUUUGAAUUGGAUUAUAUCUUACCGAUAAACAUUUUUGUUAUAAUUUUUUGAAUUGGAUUGUAAAUCGAUUGUUUGUUUGAGAAAGUACGUACGCGCGUUGGCUGCCAGGUAUACAGUUAAGUGCAUGCAUCUUAAGAGGAAGGAUUAAGAAUCAUUUGUUGGUAAAUUACUAAUUAAUUCGUUAACUAUUUUUUUUUAUCGAUCGACGAUCGAUGUGAAACUACCAAAAUCGAUGUUCAAAGCCUCUCACGACAGGCCAGUAAAAUUCUACAUCUUGUAUCGUCUGUGCUCGAUCCACAAAACCGAAUUUUCGUGCAAUAUGAGAUUGUAUAAUGAAUUUGGGUAUUUAAACAAGUCAAACUGAAGUGCAGAAAUUGAUAAGAUUU